UAGUUUGCUUCCACGUCGACCUUCUCAUUUCUCCACGAACAGAAGCACACAGAAUUCACUUUUGCCGUCUGCUCAGACAGUCCCACCGAUGCCUCCUCCGCCUCGACACACCAAACUCCCGCACCAGCUAAACCAAAUCCGCACCUUCGUGGACGCCAAAAUCAAAUGGGUCCGAGACCCAUACCUCGACUUCGCUGUCGAGCGAGAGAAAGACCUGAAACAAGCCAUCUCCGUCAAGAACCACAUCCUCUCCACCCCUUCCAAUUCCCUCCCUCUCUCCACCGCCUCUCUACUCAAACCCCACCUCCACCUCCCCACUUCCACCUCCACCUCCAAGUUCUCCCUCAAAUACCCCUCCCUUUUCACCCAAUUCCACCCCAGUCCCCACCUCUCUCCCCACCUCACCCUCACCCCUCAAGCCCUUGGUCUCCACAAAGAAGAGUCCGCCAUUCACACCUCUCCUUCUCACCGAAACGAGGCCGUUCGCCGCCUCGCCAAGCUCCUAAUGCUCACCGGAGCUUCCAGAUUGCCUUUAUAUGUGAUAGAGAGGUUGAAAUGGGACAUGGGUCUUCCCCACAACUACUUUCUGACACUUCUCGCCGAUUUUCCCGAGUACUUCCAGGUUUGCGAGGUGAGAGACGAGUUGGGCGGCGAGCAAGUGCUUGCCUUGGAGCUUGUUUCGUGGAGGGAGGAGCUGGCGGUGUCAGAAUUGGAGAGAAGGGCGUGGAAUGGCGGUGACUUGGGGCGCGAGAGAGGGAUGCGCAUUGCGUUUCCCAUGUGUUUGACGAAAGGUUUUGAGUUGGAGAAGAAGGUAAGGAAUUGGGUUGAGCAGUGGCAAGAUUUGCCGUACAUUUCUCCCUACGAGAACGCGUUUCAUUUGCCGCCGAAUAGCGAGCAGGCGGAGAAGUGGGCGGUGGCGGUGCUUCACGAGUUGCUGUGGUUGAUGGUGUCGAAGAAGACGGAGAGGGACAAUGUGUUUUGUUUGGGGGAGUACUUGGGAUUUGGGGCGAGGUUUAAGAAGGCUUUGGUUCAUCAUCCGAGUAUUUUUUACUUGUCCAAUAAGAUCAGGACGCAGACAGUGGUGCUUAGGGAGGCUUAUAGGAAGGAUUUCUUGGUUGAGAAGCACCCAUUGAUGGGUAUGAGGUAUCGGUAUAUUCAUCUUAUGAAUAAGGUGCCGAAACGGCGAAAGCAGGCUGUUGUUUAGCUUCUGGGCCUAAAAAACAGGCUGCUUUAUCGACUGAUGGUAAUAGUAGAAAGAAAAGAGGAAAUGUGACUGAUCUGAUCAAUAGAGGAUAAUAGGUUGGAAGCUAAGUACCUAUGAAGGAAGAAUAAGGGAAUUGGUUAGGUUUCUGUUUUUGUUUUCAGGUGAGAUGCAUAUAUUAUUGUGUUUUGGCUGUUGACGAUAACUGGGAAAGCCUGAAAUGGCGGUUUUUGUCAUUGGAUGGCUGUGUUCUACGGGUGAAUCUUUGAAAGGAGGGGAGCGUGUUGGAAAGAAAUAUAAAUUGGAUGGUGUUUAUGUGAAGAUUUUAUUAGGUGACAAGCAAGCGAAUGGUUUGGCUUAGUUGAUUGAUGAAGUUUUGAUUGAGUAAAUGGUGGAAGUUGGUAUUGCGUGUUACAUGGGUACAUGAAGUUCCAAAAGGCCAUAGAGGGAGAGCAGUUCGCGUCAGGGUUGAUAUCUUGGCUGGCUGCUGCGGCAAAUGGUGCUAUCAGGGAACGGUAUCGUACCAGGAUGUGCAGGAAGUAAAGCUGAA